AUGGCGUGCCACCUGAGAUCUGCCAGCAUGCCUUCAAGCCCUUGCUCCAGCGAGAACGAUGUUGCGGAACAGAUUCUGAGCCUGAAAGCAGCCAUCUCUCUGCCUUCAGCGACCAUCGAAACCAUGGUGGAUGGUCUGAGCAAGCUCGGGAGCAUCUACAUCCACAUAGAUGCGCUCACAUGCGUGCCCAGCAGCCAGAGGAAGGCAGUUGAGGAGGAGCUCGAGCGCUCCCUCAUCCUGCUCGACCUCUGCAGCGUCGUGCAAGAGAGCUUCGUGGAGCUCAAGGCCAGUGUCCUGGAGAUGCAGUUGGCUCUCAAAAGAGGAGACGACGCGGCUCUCCAGACCAGGGUUCAGUGCUAUGCGCGCUUGGUCAAGAAGGCACAAAAGCAGUUUAAGAAGGUCAACAAGAAGACUGCUUCUGACAUCGAAGGAUGCAGGGUUAUCAGCCUGGUUGCUGAAGCUAGGGAGAUUGCUCUGUCAAUCCUCGAAUCGACAUUGCAUCUCUUGUCGAAGCAGAUUGCGAUGCCAAGUUCUAGCAAGUGGUCACUUGUCUCCAAGUCGUUCCAAAAGAAAAGAGUCAUGUGCGAGGCGGAGCAAUUGCAAGGGUUGGAGCUGGACAUUGUUGAUCUUGAGAGCAGAGUUGGGACACUGUUCAGGACAUUGAUCCAGAGCAGAGUGUCCCUUCUGAAUACUCUUAGCCUGUAG